CCCCCUAUGACGUAUUUGGGAAAAUACAAGAAUGAACCAAGAAAUAUGUUGAAAGGCUUCGCAGAAUAUUAUUUUGCAAGACACAAUGGAGGAAACAAAAGUUCUGUAACUGAUUUCAAAACAAGAAACCUGAAUAUGAAAUGGAAAAGCAACGCCAAUUAUGAUGAUUGUGGAGUGUUUUUGCUGAAGCACAUGGAAACUUAUUAUGGAGAGAGUGCAAAGGAAUGGAAUCCGGGACUGGAAAAAGACAACUUUGAGCAAAUGAAGAGAUUGAGAGUUGAAUAUUGUGGAAAGUUAUUGGCGCACAAAGAGAAUGAUGAACAUCAUACAAUGAUUUCAAAAUCAAGAACAUGGGCACUAGAAAACAAAAUUUGAGGAAAUUGUAAUAGCUAGUUGUAGAU